ACAGUAACUUGACAUAGGAAUGGCACAAAAGCGUCAUAGCCAAUCCAAGGUAAUCAGUAUUUAGAGAUUGUGACGAGAUGAGCUCAGUCUACGUAAUACCCUACACUGAAAUACAUUAUUGCGAGUGAUUGGAAUGCGCCGUUACGAGCUUGGAUUAACUCUAAAAACUCGAAAUAAACUUUGUUUUACGACUGAAAAGGAUGUGAAUAAUUUUGAUAAUGGUGUUUGAUAUGUUUUUUGAAUUGUAAAGCACCGGAAAUACCCAUGGAAAUCAUAAUGGUUCGUCACCGACAGCAUUUGAAUGGAAGUAUAGAUGGUUUCAUUGAUCUAUUAGUCUCCAACUAAGAUAGUGUUUAUGAUGAAUUCAUUACAGCUAGGGCACCGUUCCAUUAGUCUAAUCAUAUGACCGACUAUUAUGUGACAGGCAAGGCUUUAGUUAAUUGGUUAUCCAGUGGAACGCAUUUCGGUUAACCAAACUGUGCACCAACUUUAGAAUGGAAGACCAACAAAACAAGGACUUUGACAACCAGGCAUCAUUUGUCACCAGUAAAGGCGCCGAAAGAAAGAAGCCUACUUUCCUAAUCAAAUACAUUAUGGGUGAUACACUACUGGGCGGCCAAGCUUUAAGACGUGCCGAUGUGAAAACCUCAAAGGUCUUGAGCGCACAGGCAAAUACGAUUCCUCGGGAUACGCCUACAGAGGCCUUCACCGACAAGGCCUCUUCACCAGUCGGCGCCAGUCCAUACGAGCUACUAAAAAAAAAGCCGCGCACGGCAUUCACAGAAUCUCAAAUAUCCGAACUCGAGAAACGCUUCCAGUCACAGAAAUACCUCGGGAGCAAGGAACGGAGUGAACUGGCCGGCACACUUGGACUCACAGACACUCAAGUGAAGACGUGGUUUCAAAACAGACGAAUGAAGCUGAAGCGACAGCGCCAAGAGGACACAGAUCGCCAGGCUAGAUAUUCACUUGUGAGCCCCUACAGGCUCGCCCCUUAUGCUAGUCACGUGGUGCCAUCAUACCCAGUGACGUCAUACACCGGUUACUAUGGCAACUUCCCAAUGCCUCGAGUUUUAUGUGAUGACCUUGUCGCCUCUCCCGCAUCGUCAUCAGUGUCGCCAACAGGGACGACCGGAGAGUUCCACGUCACGACAGAUCAAAGAUACAGCUACUUGGCCUCCUAUCCCUCCUCGGGAUACCUGUGUCCCGUAGCGCCAUUCCAUGUUUUUUAACUUUUGAUAAAGCAGUUAUUAUAGUAAAUUAGUUUAUAGUAAAUGAUGAUUCUACAAGCGCCCUUCUUUAUUAGUGAUGGAUUAACCAAUCUGAUUAGCUUCAUGCCAUGGCCGACUUUUUUUUAGUUAAUAAAAUUUGUAUGAAAAUG